AUGAUGAUGAUACAUGAGCUCAAACCAAUCAUGCCUGAAAUGCGAACACAGACGAGAUUUUAUUCCGAUCCGUCAAUUCAAUCACAUAGCAGGUUUGAAACGACAAAGGAGUUUUGGAGAAAAGCUCAUAUUGAAAACUCAAAGGAAUCUGAAAAGGUAUUGAAAUUGUUGAGAAAGACAGGCGCCAUUUCGAUACUCGUGGUUUUUGCUUCCAUAGGUUAUGCCGCUUUUAUUGAACACACACACAAGACAGAGGAAGAAGCACCAGAGAUUGAGUAUAUACCCAACUUGAAGGAGGAUAUACGGUACAGGAAAAGGGAAUAG